AAACAUGCGGAAGAAUGGGGCGGGCGGCGCUGUUCCUGCGGACACACCGGCAGUUUGCACCCUUCCCUUCUGGCUCCUCGGUCUCACGCACGGCACGGAAGAAUAAAACAGCGGAUUCCUCGAGCGCAAUCAGCGGUUGCUGCAGCUGGUUUGGAUUUGAAGCACCUUUUAAGGAGUUUAUCUGGACGCCUGCCUUUAACCUUUUUUAAUCGCCUGUAUCUUCCCAUGUGGGAAGAUGGGGAAUGGAUUGUCUGAACAACAGAAUUUCUGCCCAAAGAUGUCGUUCUUCCAGUCCUUUCACAUCGCCAUUCUGGGCCUGGACGCUGCUGGGAAGACCACGGUGUUGUACCGACUGCAGUUCAACGAGUUCGUGAACACCGUGCCCACCAGAGGCUUCAAUUCAGAGAAGGUUAGGGUGACUCUGGGCGGCAACAGGACUGUCACGUUCCACUUCUGGGAUGUUGGCGGUCAGGAGAAGCUUCGUCCCCUGUGGAAAUCGUACACGCGCUGCACAGAUGGAAUCAUAUUCGUGGUGGACUCUGUCGACGUCGAACGCAUGGAGGAGGCCAAGACGGAGCUGCAUAAGAUCGUGAAGACCUCUGAGAAUCAGGGGGUACCGGUGCUGGUGGUGGCCAACAAGCAGGACUUGAGGCACGCUCUGGGACUAGAUGAAAUUGAGAAACUGCUAGCGCUGAAAGAACUGGGUCCUGCGACUCCCUGGCACCUACAGCCAUCCUGCGCCAUCAUAGGAGACGGCCUGAACGAGGGCCUGGACAAACUGUACGACAUGGUCCUGAAAAGGAGAAAGAUGCUGCGACAACAGAAGAAGAAGAGAUAAGACUGAGGAGACGAGCUCGUCCGAUGUUUUCUUGUGAAGGAAAAUCUGUUGCCUGGGUGGAUUUAAAGUUCUGCUGCAGGUUUCUGUUCACGCUGCUGAGUUUUAUCAGUCCAAACUGAGCUUUAAGGUUCUCGCUCGUGGUCGUGCUGUGGAUCAGGAAGUGAACGUAAAGGAACGCCGCAGGAAGAGUUGAAGGUUUCAGACAUGUGCAAAUAGAAUAUAAAGAGGGAUUAAAGGUACUCGCUGCAAAUUCAUGAAGUCAAAAAACAGCUUUACGUCUGUCCGAGACUGGUUUGAGAUGAAAGUUGUGGGGAUGUGUUGAGUGUUCAGAUAAAAGUUGUUUGCACGGAGUCUGAUUUAACUCUGGCUCCUCGUCGUUUCAAGUUGUUGGUGCUUUUCCAGUUCGGGUGCAUUUUUUGACACAACACCUAGCGCUCGCUCCCCUCCCAUCUGUAGACGCCAUCACAUCCUGUACUGACGUGCUGCGGCCUCCGUGUUGAACUGGUGAAACUGGAAGAGGUAAAUCUCAGCUAGCAGCAGGACGUGAUCAUUCGUGACCGUUUGACUCGGGUCAGUUUUAUGUUUACGCCCGUCUUUGACGUUCUGCCCUGUGUUUACCACGGUUUACGUGCCUUGGCGGGGCGCCGGGAUUUUUCUCGACCCGGGGGGUGGAGACGGAGACACGUCUAUGUUGCGCAUCAUUUGUACCAACAGUUGUCAAGUGGGGGGGU